CUCACUGCAGUGAGAAUCGGAGCGCAGAAUUUUGGGAUUUUUUUAUCACCAAGAUGCUGCGUUACAUGCUACUGUUCUUUAUCGCUGCAUUGCCCAUUGUCAUUCUUCCUCGCACAAUAAGCGGCGUUCAAGGAGUAAGUCCAUCUUUUAUUAACGGUAAAUUGAAACUGUUUAAAGUGUAAAUUGUUAAAUUGAUGGGGUGGACGAAAUGUGCCUCAAGUGGUUCUUGAUUCACCUCCUUCCAAUUUGCCUUGUAGCAUGUAUGGGGGCGAAUCGAAGGGAGAAUUUAACAUUAGAUCAGGAUUCGCAUAGUCCUUAAUUCCUAACCUCCUUUUGUUUUUGUUUACAAUUCUUACUCCCGCAUCGUUGGAGAUCUGAAAAGUCAGUAACAGAUAACGGAUUUUUACUUUACAGAGUUCACUGCCAAACUACGAUGAAGAAAAGAACAUGUACCAGAGCUACUGGAAAGACACGAACAUCAAGGAAGUUUUUGAAGAUGCUAAAAUAUCAGCAAAAGGUAUUACUGAAAAAUAUACAUUAGCUAUAGCAUCGCCAUUAUUCAUACUCACUUACUUUUUCAAAUGUAGUCAAACAAUUCCAGGGGCGUAGCCAGCUUUUCGACUAGUUGCACGCUUGGCUGACUUUGAUUUCCACAUAUCCUGAAAGCUGCACGCAUGACUAGUACGCACUGACCUCACCAACACUUUGACCUCAACAACGCAUGAUUUCAUGAUUUAUUAAAAGCGGUACAGUGAUCAAACCAAAAAUUUGUAGGCCCGGGCCAAGAGGUCUUUAUAAUGGGCUGCCUACGCCCCUGACGUUUGGGGUUGAAUUCCUGAGAACCAUAUCCAGAUUUAGAAAGAGAAAGAAAAUUUCGUUGUCGCUUGUUGCGUGAUCCAUAAAACGUAAAAUUAGGCGAGUUCGCGUCAUAGUGGAUUGCACGUGCAGAGUUGUUUUGCUGAUUAAGCCUAUUGUUUUUUUUGACGUUCGCUUUGUAGUCACCUAGGUCCGAUCGCGAUCUUUAGAUCCCUGUUAUGAUUUCGAGUGAGUAUGAUGGAGCUAAGAAUGGAUUACUAUACGUUUCUGGGAAACUGUCCACCUACCCCUCCCCCAUAAGCCAACAUUUCUGACAACCAGUUACGCACUCAGACGGGUUAGUGGUCCCGCCUAUAGCUUCCAACAAGAGCCUCCCAGUUAGAAAACCUAACCACGUUCAACCCGCAGUGCAUGCGUUUGACCGAGGGAGCUAUGUCUGACCAGAAGUGGACGUAUUGCAUUCUUGGGAAGCGAUUUUGCCCAAAUGUUUGGGCAAAUCGUCUCUAUACACGUAAACGCACUUAGCACUGAGACACACUUGGUAGCUUCAUGGUAUAUUAAUAGACUGCGCCUCAAUCCCGGUUGAUGUGCGCCGUCUAUGAACGCCGGUUUAAUUUCGGAAGCCAACAAUGUUCUGUUCUAUUUUAGAGUGUUACCAUUACACGUUCCUUAACGAGUCAAGCAGAGCAAACUCCUUUUACAACAUCGGUAUUGACUUCCUUUGUGAUGAUGAUCUUAACGGAUGGUAUCGCUUUGGGGGAAAUGCUGGAAAGCAAAUGGCGGAUUCAUGUGUUCCCGAGUUUCGAUGUGGCGCAGAACUGCCGGGUUGGCUGAAUGGCAGUCAUCCUGAAAGAGCUGAGGGUGCUGUCCGACGCAAAGUUUGUUUCCGUUACAAAAACAAUUGUUGUGAAUACUCAACAAGCAUCAGAGUCCGUAACUGUGGAGGAUUCUACGUCUACCACCUUGGGAAGCCCCCAAUUUGUAACUUUCGUUACUGCGGCAACGGAACACACAAACCAAGUGAGAAUUUAAUUUUCCCGUAUAACCUUAGCCUGCGAAAACAUCCGUUUCUCCUCGCUCUUCGUCGCUGAGGACGUUUCGCGCGGAGGAACGUCUGCGACUCAGCGACAGAAAUUCCAUACUGAUGACGUAAAAUCUGUCCAGAAACCUCUCAGAAGCGCUGAUUGGUCGACGGAGAAGUUACAUUGUUUUAGCUAUUGUUUACAAAUGACAGACAAAAGACAAAAGGCCAAAAAGGUCAAAUGUAAACACGAAGAAUCUCUAACAAAACAGUCAAUAUUUGUGCAAUAUAGUCUUCUCUAGAAGAAGCAUUUGAGUUUUGCUGGAGCUCGUGGGCUGAUCAACACAACACUUUACCAAAAUCGACCAGAAGACACGCAAAAUUAGACAAAUUUAUAUUUGGAACCCCAUGACUACCGGAUUUAUUAUGUAAACAUUGAUUUGCGUCAUCAGUAUGGAAUUUCUGUCACUGAGUCGCAGACGUUCCUCCGCGCGAAACGUCCUCAGCGACGAAAAGCGAGGAGAAACGGAUGUUUUCGCAGGCUAGUAUAACCUGCGUUGUCAGUUAUUCCCAACCUCCUCUUCCCUCAGCCACCAACCCUUCCCCCUUCGCAAUUUGUGACACCGGAACCUCAGAUCCUGCAUGGAAGAUUUGGUCCCCUGGCCUUCCUCGUCUCUUUUUACGCCUCAAACACGAUAAUAUAUUUUCGCUUUUUCGUAUAUCAAAUACGGUACACAAUGUUUCAUCGUACAUUGCCGAGGAAAGCAUUAAAAAUAUCCGAAGCGUAGUCGAGUGUGACAGAUUUUUUUCCCGACUCUUCAAAUACAACGAACUCGAAAACCGUUCCAGAUAGAAGACUCUGACUACCACUGAUGCCUCAUACUAUCAUUACAAACAGCCAGAUAGUGACUACCAUUUCACUCAAACUACUCACUCUUUGUCUCGCAGUUCUGGGCCAAAUGUCCCCCACGCCGUAAGCCAUAAAGUUUCAAGUUUUCGUGUGCGACACAUGAAUAUGGUGCUUGAGGACCUGCACUUAGCCGGGUCGGUCCUGUUGUCGUAGCUAAGGACUUUAAUUUUGUUGCUUUUAUUACUCUUCGGCACUUUUCCUCGACUUCCUUUCUUAUUUUAAGCACCUUGCCUUUACUUUAAGGGUUAGGAAUAUUAUGAAAUUGCGUUUCUAUCUUAUAAGGAUUCUCGUAUCAGAUUGGAAAAGUAGACGUUUCGAAGACAAGGCAGGAAUGGAGUCGUAACAGCAGCGAAUGUGAAGCGCCGACUCACUGUACAUUGCCACGUUGCACAGAUGUGACUUUUCAUCGGGAAUUCGUUGGAUCACGGACUGUAAGUAUUUAUGACUGCAUACCAAGAUGUGUUUCCGCACUUUUAAAAUGGACUGAGCUAUGAGCUUAAACUUUACGUUAUCGUUAAAUUCAUGAACAAGGCUUCCCCGGGGAAUUUUAAAUGAGUCAAGGAACUAAUGUGUAUGCCAACCCUUCAUCAAAUAAGAGUCAAGAAUCGAAUAAAAUAAUGAUCAUAAUUCGCCAUCUUUUGGGUAAUGUUACCAGACAGUCUCGUGUUGGAGUUAAUCUCAGAAUAUAGAUUUCUCAGUUGAAAUGACUUCAAGUUAGACCAUAGAAGCACUCGGUGUUUUCUUGGAAAUAAUAUUGUAAAGGAGACAAAAAAAAACGUUACAACGGUCGAUCAAAACGACUAAAACAAGGAGAACAGCUGAAAGGGAACAAGUUAGUACUUCGAUGGACUGACAGUGGCAUAUCAACGGCCAUGGCGCGCUUUAUCUGUUUUUACUUAUACGUAUUUCUAACCGAUGCAUUUCAGGUCCACGUUUUUGUGUCACUGAGUCAUGAAGAAAAGUCAUUGAUGGCUCACACGCCCUCGGCUCUGUGGGCAGAAUCCAUCAAUACAGUUGGAUUUAAACUAUGUUCGCGCACGGCGGGUAAUAAAAACGACACGGGAAUGAUCAACUGGUUAGCGUUCGAAGACCAGCCAACCACAGACAUAACGCAUGGAAGCGUUGCUCUUGGUGGAAUAUGGACAACAGAAACCAAGUGUGAAAAAGUGGCCUUUUCUCAGGUUAGAUCAUGAAAUUAGUUAACAAUCUGUUGAAAAUAAAGUACAAAAAUGCUGCUUGUAAGAACAACACUUUUUAGCAGGAAUGACAUUGUGCUUUCUGUGAUUUCUCAAGGUUUUUUGGUAUGUAACACAUUAACGUCAAUCAGUGGCGGACGGAGGAUUUUGUGAUAGAGGGGACCUAGAGAUAUAGUAACUGUAUACAGUGGUAAUAUGAGCGCGAUAGCGCCCAUCAGAACUGCAAACGGCGCACUUUUCUAGGUAGUUUCGGGCGCAUGGUCCUCCGCGAAAAUUUUUGAGAUUGAAGUUCUCUGAGAUGCAAUCUAGUGCAUUCUGGACGCUUAAAUUUUAUGAUGCUAGCAGGGGCCGACGCGAUUGCGGCGGGAGCGCAACCUGCCAGCAAAGGCAGCAAUAUUGUCUCCCUGAAAAACUGUCAAAUCCAGUUUGUUUCAGAAGGAUAUUUACUGCAUGCAUUCCGGGAGCUUUGGUCAUUUGCGACCAAAAAUGUAGGCUUCGAACACAGAUUCAAAGAAGAUUUAUAGUAAAAAAAUUCAACAAAGGAAAUGCAUCCCAAGGUCAUGACUCUAAGACCAAUCAUAAGUAAAUUCAUUCCAGCGGAUUGAUAAAUGUCAUCCUUCUCUUGUUGCCCUUGGCAUAGUCGUCAAUAAUUGCAUCAUAAUCCAGAGCAACGUCCUUGUGAAUAAAGAGCAGUGA